AUGGUCUCUGAUGGCUCUAGCGGCUACUAUAAGGAGCUUAGGUGUGAGGCCUACUUAGGUUAUCACUAUGCUGACUGUCUUGAUAGGGCCUUAGAAGAGGUUAAUAAGGUGCUUAGUAAGCUUAUAGCUAAGUAUUUUAGGGAUAUCCUGCCUAUUAACUAUAUUACUACUUGGGAUAUAGGUGGGAGCUGUGUAAAUAGUAUUAGUAUGGCUGUGAUGCACCUCUUGGCCUUCUGUAUAGCUGGAGUUGAAGUUUCUGACGAUUUAAGGAUUGCUGCUGUGAAGAUUAUGUGGGAUGGUGUUCUAGCGGGUAACUAG